UGAUUAGUCACCCAAAUUGACAAUGGAUCCUCUCCUGCACGCUUUCUCUUCAUUCCCUCUCCAGCAUAAAUCUGAACCGUUAGAUGAAUGAUGAAUCUGAGGGAUGAAAUUAAAAACCGGAAAAAGUCUCUAAACGCAUCAAUCCCGUUUCUCUCUCCCGAGCUUCAACAGCCAACUCACCUGCAAAAAAUGGGCAACCAAUGAGUGGUUGAUUAUAGAUAGUUGCAAAAAGGCUCCUUUGUUAGGCUUACACAGUUCGAGUUCAUCUGCAAGGUUAUCUUUAUUUAUUUAUUUCAUCCAUCAGAUUUAUCCAUGGAUCAGGCUUUUGCUGUAGAGAGAUGGAGUUUAUGCAGGAGCGGAUCCAAAUUUCAUAGUAGUAAUAAAGCAAGGAUGUUAAUAUUUAAAUCAAAGAAAUGCACAUGCAUAUAUUAUAUUUGAUAUGCUCAAAAUGUUAUCUGAACCCACAAUGUGUUGUCGGGGGAGACUCAACAGCUAUUGGAUGGUCAUGAAACCUUGAAGUAAAGCCAUGUUCAACAAAACAGUCCUUACUCCUUAGUCCUUACUGUUAACUCUGCUCUAUCUGCAUUGAUGUCGAGCCAGUCAUUCACAUAAUUUAGCUUCACUUUCAAUUUUCACAAUCCUUUCUUCUUCUUGAUCAGGCCAUUUCUUUCCAACCAUGCCAGUACUAGAAACCCUUGGUGGUGCUCUUUUCGGUGCUGUCCUUCAGGUGCUGUUGGACAAGUUGGAUUCUUGUCAUGUUUUGGACUACUUUCGUGGACGAAAGCUCGAUGAGAAGCUGCUGUACAAGUUGAAGGCAACGCUUCGGUCCAUCGAUGCUGUGGUUGAUGAUGCAGAACAAAAGCAGUACAGCUAUUCACGGGUGAGAGAGUGGCUUCUUGAGGUCAAACAAGCUGUGCUUGAUGCUGAGGAUCUCCUCGAUGAAAUAGACUGUAAAGCUUUGAAAUACAAGCUGGAAGAUGACUCUCAAACCACUACUAGCAAGGUGAGGAAUUUAUUAAAUGUUUUUUCUCUCAGUUCCAUUGACAAGGAAAUUGAAUCAAGAAUGAAACAACUACUUGAUCUCCUAGAACUUCUUGCAAGCCAAAAGAGUGAUUUAGGUUUGAAAAAUGCUUGUGAUGUUGGGAUUGGAUCAGGAUUGGGUAGUAAUGUGUUAAAGAUAUUGCCGCAGACAUCACUGGUGGCUGAAGAUGUUAUUUAUGGCAGAGACGAUGAAAAAGAAAUGAUCCUUAAUUGGCUAACAUCUGACAUUGAUAGCCGUAGCCAGCUGUCAAUAUUUUCUGUUGUGGGUAUGGGCGGAUUGGGUAAGAGCACACUUGCUCAACAUGUAUACAAUGACCCACAGAUAGAGGCUAAAUUUGCUAUCAAAGCUUGGGUCUAUGUUUCGGAUGAUUUUGAUGUUUUGAAGGUAAUAAAAGCGAUUAUUGGGGCAAUCAAUAAAUCAAAAGGUGAUAGUGGAGACCUAGAAAUACUUCAUAAAUAUUUGAAAGAUGAAUUGACAGGAAAGAAGUUUUUUCUCGUUCUGGAUGAUGUUUGGAAUGAAGAUCGAGACCAAUGGAAAGCUUUGAAAACUCCUCUUAAAUAUGGGGCUCAGGGAAGUAAAAUUCUUGUCACGACACGCAGUAACAAUGUUGCUUCUACCAUGCAGUCAAAUAAAGUCUGCCAACUAAAGACAUUACAAGAAGAUCACAGCUGGCAAGUUUUUGCUAAAAAUGCAUUCCAAGAUGAUAGUCUCCAAUUGAAUGUUGAGCUGAAGGAGAUUGGUACAAAGAUCGUUGAAAAGUGCAAAGGAUUGCCUCUAGCCUUGGAAACAGUUGGAUGUCUUUUACGCACAAAAAGGUCAUCUGUUUCAGAGUGGGAAGGUGUAAUGAUAAGCAAGAUAUGGGAUUUAAGAAUAGAAGAUAGUAAAAUUCUCCCUGCUUUAUUGUUGAGUUAUUACCAUCUUCCAUCUCACCUUAAGAGAUGUUUUGCUUAUUGUGCUUUAUUCCCCAAAGAUCAUGAGUUUGACAAGGAGAGUUUAAUUCUGUUAUGGAUGGCUGAAAAUUUUCUGCAAUGCUCUCAACAGAAUAAGUCUCCAAAAGAAGUUGGUGAACAGUACUUCUAUGAUCUAUUGUCAAGGUCCUUCUUUCAACAAUCAAACAGAGACAACAAAACGUGUUUUGUCAUGCAUGACUUUCUCAAUGACUUGGCAAAAUAUGUUUCUGGUGACAUUUGUUUUCGGUGGGGGGUUGAUGAAGAAGAAAAUAUACCAAAGACAACCCGUCACUUUUCAUUUGUAAUUACAGAUUUUCAAUAUUUUGAUGGGUUUGACAGUUUAUAUUAUGCUCAAAGGCUACGUACAUUUAUGCCCAUAUCUAGGACAACAAGUUUUAUUGAUAAAUGGGAUUGCAAGAUUUUAACACAUGAGUUUUUCUCCAUGUUUAAGUUCUUACGCGUCUUAUCUUUCUCUGGUUGUCGUGACCUUGAAGGGGUGCCUGACUCUAUAGGCAAUCUCAUACAUCUGGGUUCAUUAGACCUUUCACAUACUCGCAUAAAGACACUACCCGAUUCAACAUGUUCACUUUGUAACUUGCAAAUACUGAAGCUGAACUGUUGUUUCUUUUUGGAGGAGCUGCCCAUAACUUUGCAUAAACUCACCAAUUUGCAUCGCCUUGAACUCAUGGGAACUCAUGUGACAAAGGUGCCAAUGCAUUUAGGAAAACUUAAGAAUCUUCAAGUAUUGAUGAGUCCGUUUAUUGUUGGACAAAGUAACGAGUUAGGUAUCCAGCAGCUAGGAGAACUCAAUCUUCAUGGAGAUUUAUCAAUUCAGAAUCUGCAGAAUAUUGUGAAUCCCUUGGAUGCAUUGGCAGCGGAUUUGAAAAAUAAAACACAUCUUGUGGGGCUAGAUUUAGAAUGGGAUUUGAACCAGAUCAUUGAUGAUUCAAGCAAAGAAAGAGAAAUACUUGAGAAUCUGCAACCUUCCAGACAUUUGGAGCAGUUGUCAAUCAGCAACUAUGGUGGUAAUGAAUUUCCACGCUGGUUAUCUGAUAAAUUAUUGAAUGUGGUGUCCUUAAACUUGAAGGACUGUAAGUAUUGCGGACAUUUGCCUCCUCUUGGACUUUUGCCAUGUCUCAAGGACCUGAGAAUUAGCGGACUUGAUUGGGUGGUGUGUAUUAAAGCUGCUUUUUGUGGGAGUAGUGAUUCUUCAUUUUCAUCCUUGGAAACAUUGGAAUUCUCCGACAUGAAGGAAUGGGAAGAAUGGGAAUUAAUGACAGGUGCUUUUCCACGUCUCCAACGUCUUUCUAUACAGCAUUGUCCCAAACUCAAAGGGCACUUGCCAAAGCAACUUUGUCAUUUAAAGGAACUACUUGUUCAGGACUGCAAACAACUUGUGACUUUUGCCCCCAAGGCCAUAGAAAUUUGUGAAUUAGACUUGGAAGACUGUGGAAAGCUUCACAUUGAUUAUCAUCCUACUACUUUGAAAAGGCUCCAGAUUAGAGGUUACAACAUGGAGGCAUCGUUACUUGAAAGGAUUGAGCACAUCAUAGCGGAUACUUCUCUUGAAUCCUUGCGCAUUAGCUAUUGUCCGAAUAUGAAUAUUCCAAUGAACCAUUGCUACGAUUUCCUUGUAAGAUUGGAGAUCUAUGGUGGUUUUGACUCUCUAAUGACCUUGCCUCUAGAUUUCAUCCCAAAACUCUGCGAGCUUGUUGUAUCUAGGUGUCGUAACUUACGGAUGAUAUCACAGAUGCACCCUCAUAAACAUCUGAAGAGUCUCAGCAUUCAUAAGUGCCCUCAAUUUGAAUCAUUUCCCAACGAAGGAUUAUCUGCACCACGAUUAGAUUGGUUUGCUAUUGAAGGAUUGAACAAUUUGAAAUCAUUGCCUGAACGCAUGUCUAUCCUCCUUCCAUCUCUUACUAGUCUGUGCAUACGGGAUUGUCCUCGAGUGGAGUUCUCUGAUGGAUGUUUGCCAUCAAGUCUAAAACAUUUGGAUCUCUUGUAUUGUCCCAAACUUGUUGUCUCACUGAAAGGAGCUUUGGGAGCCAACCCCUCUCUGGAAAGAUUGCAUAUUUUAAAAGUGGAUAAGGAGUCUUUUCCUGACAUAGAUUUGCUGCCACUGUCUCUUACUUAUCUACGAAUUUUGCUUAGUCCAGAUCUUAGAAAACUAGACUACAAGGGUCUCUGCCAGCUCUCCUCUCUUGAAAAAUUGAUUCUUUAUGACUGCCCCAGCCUCCAAUGCUUACCAGAGGAGGGUUUGCCCAAAUCCAUUUCAACUUUCAAAAUUCAGAAUUGUCCAUUGCUCAAACAGCGUUGCAAGGAAUCAGAAGGUGAAGAUUGGGGAAAGAUUUCUCACAUUAAAAACGUUCGGCUCUAUUCAUUUUAAACGGACAAGCAUAUAUGAUGAAACACAAAUUCGAAAUUACUAAUGCACCAAUUCUCAUAUUUGUGCACUUUUGUCAGGGAACUUGGAAAAUAGUGAAGGCAGUGAAGUGCGGAAUUUCUGGCAUCCAUUUGGUGCUGGGCACUGUGUCGUUGGGAGUUGGGGCGGUUUCAUCCAUUCCCUUAUUGGGUGGAUCAUAAAACAGAGUUUUGGUAAAAAAAAAUAAGCCAGGAAACAUUGUGUGUGAUAGAUUUAACACUGGCAUGUGAAGUUUGCUCGUUUUCUUAAAGAUAUAAAAAUCUGUCCACGUCUGGAGCAAUAGUUUGUAGCUCAAAAGUAUUCUCAGAAAACAAAAGGCAAAAGUUCCUGAGACCAAAAGCAUCUAAGUUGAUGACGAUAAUAGCAUGAACAAGCAUAAAUGGGCCCAUUCUAAUAUUGUCUAGCUUUGGAUCAGUAUAUAUGUGAGGGGUAGAGGGUGUCACACCACUGGCGAUGGUUUGGAGACUGAGGAAGCCGUUGGGGUAGUCAACGGCAAAGGAGUCUGGUGACAUGAUGAAGGCAAGGCCGCCGCCAGUAGAGGAGGGGUUGAGGUUGGUGAUGGAGGGGUUGAUGCCAUAAUGUUGCUUUUGACAUGUAAAUUUUUAUUCAGCUUUUUUGUCCAG